AUGUCUGACAUGUUCAGAGACCGAACGUCUCUGAACAUGUGCACGUGGUCGCUGGACGGCGGCCGCCGCGGACUCCUCUCUUCGACCGCGCGGGAAUGCAAAGAUUACCAAAAGCUAUUUAGUUCCUACUUUAGAAAUUUGUGGAAGGACGUGAUCACCGAUUGUGGACGACGUACUCUACUCAUUGGAGAGGCCGAGAAGUCUCCGCAUAUGGCUGUGCUAGGCUAUGGGGACAGAGACCACCUGUGUUGUGUGUGCGCAGGGACCAUCAUCAGCGAGAAAUUCAUACUCACAGCUGGAGUUUGUACUUUCUCACGAGAAGACCCGCUAACUCACGUUCUAGUGGGUGUUUUUAAGCGCACCGACACAAGAAAUGCGACGAUAUAUGGCAUCAAGAGGAUUAUCAAUCAUCCGGCGUACAAGUGGCCGAUUAAAUAUAAUGAUAUCGCCUUGUUGGAAUUGGAGGUUCCUCUUACUCUGAGCAAAGAGAUAUUCCCGGCGUGCCUGCAUAUCGGAGACCAGGUGAAGGACGACGAAGCCUAUGCCCUGAGUUGGAGCAAAACUGAUUUCGACUCUAUUGUUUUGCAAAAGAUUUCUCUCUCCAGCUCUGGAGAAUGCGAGAGCAUCCAAUACCGUCACAUGCCAAAGGGUUUAGACCCUAACACGCAACUAUGCCAUGCCGUUGACAGGAAUAAUUUUUCGGUAAGAAAUUAUUCUUUAUUUUUUAUACAAUGUGUUGAUUUACAGAG